AUGCUCAGCUUUGACUCUGCUCUAGCGAGUUCAAGCAAGCAGGCUGCGAUGUACGAGGGUCAAAUCAAGACACUGGAGGAUAAACUCUCAGAGGAUUUGAGUAAUUGCAGAGCUAUUGAUGGCUUAUUGCGUGAAGCGUUCGUUGCCAUAAAGAGGAGCUCCGAGCGUGCCAAGAACGGAGCACUGCAGACUCACGUACCAUACAUCCACCGCGAGCUCGAUGAGAGUUUGGCUGUCCUCGAUGACCUGGAGCGACGACUACCUCUCAUACGGGACCAAGUUGCGCAGGUGCGCAGAGUUUACGACUCGGGACGAGUGAAGGCAAAACAACUCGUACACGAUCUCGAAUGGUUAAACAUGGACUGGCAUGAACGGUGGCGAAUCAUCGUCUUCACCCCUCGGGCGCCUGUUUCCUGGCGAUGGAAGACUUUAUACCGCGUGCUCUUCACCAUGUUUAUGGCCACCACCAUUUAUCUUCUGGCUCGGGGGUUACAGGGCUUAUACCGUGCUCACAGUUAUCGCUUCGUAUGGGGUGAAAGACUGAUGUCCUAA